AGAAAAUUGUGGCAUGAGUAAUAAAAAUGUUAAGGCGAUAGAAACGAUUAAAAUAUAUAUAUAAAACAAUUAGUGAAUGAAUGAAAUCCACCCCUCACUCAGCUUCACAAUGGAACUCGAAGAAAACGGCAAGCUUCCCUUUCUUGGAAUGGUGAUUAUCAGAAAUGGUCCCCGACUAGAUAUGAAGGUCUACGUGAAACCGACCGAUACUGGGCUUUUACUGCAUUACCAAAGCCAUGUUGACAUAAGAUAUAAACAUUCUCUACAGAAGACAAUGUUAAACUGUUCGUUCAAACUCUCCUCGAAUUGGCAGUUCUUCCAUCAAGAAUGUGAAUGUCUUAAAAUGGUUUUUGCUCGCCUGCAUUAUCCCAAAACCCUCGUAGAGAACACCAUCAAACAUUUUAUUGAAAUGAGAGUUACUGAGAAUGCGCGCUCUAAACAACAAGUAUCCGAUGAACAAGAUGCUCCCAUCAGAAUUGUCUUACCGUUCAAAGACCAGACAUCGGUGAAUGCGGUAAGACACCAACUCGGUGAUCUCAGACGAAAGAUUGAUGCCGUUGUCCGGCCUGUUUUCACAAGUCAGAAGAUCAAAGGACAAUUCAACCCAAAGGAACAUAAACCUCCAAUUGUGAAUCAACAAAACGUUUAUUAUUACAAGUGUGGUCUGUGCGAUACAGACUAUGUCGGCUUCACGAGUCGACACCUACAUCAACGUGUGGAGGAACAUAAGCGAUCAACAAUUGGCAACCAUGUAAAGGAUGAGCAUGGAAAGGAUCCAGAGACCAUUGGAAGCAAUUUCAGGAUUUUGAAAAAAUGCCAGAGUAAAUUCAACUGUUUGAUUUUUGAAAUGCUUUUAGUAGUAGUAGUAGUAACAAUCUUUAUUAUUAGUAACCUUCAACCAAAAUUGAACAGAGUGACUCGAUCCGCACAAAGCUAUUUACUUAAUUAUUUUUUAUAUAUUUUUUAAUCGUUUCUAUCGCCUUAACGUUUUUAUUACUCAUGCCACAAUUUUCUUGUAUUGUUUCUAUGUGAACAUUUUAGAGUUUUAGUCAGUGUCUCAUUAGCAUUCUUA